UAUAAACUUCUAUUUAUUGAUAGGCUUUGGUCAUUCGGUUAUGAAAUAUUUUGUGAUUUUGUGGAGAAAUAUUACCUAACACUUUAAAUGUAGAGACUUUUGUUACAAAUAAUAUGUUAUAAAUUUGAUUAAGUAGGUGUUUCCGGUUUCAUAUUGUGGGCGAUACACAUUUACGCAACAACACUUAAACUUAUGAAACAAAGGAGAAUAUAUGAGCCAAGGAUUGGUCUUAUAAGAAGAAAGGAAACUUGUACAUGAAGGUUUCGCUAGGCUUGAUUGAGUACCGCUGUACAGGUCCGUUUUUCCGUCUACAGGUUUCUCUAGGCAAGAAUGAGUACCGCUGUACACGUCCGUUGUCCCGUGUACAGGUGUAUCUAGGUAAGUUGGAGUACCGCUGUAAAAGUCCGUUGUCCCGUCUACAGGUUUCUCUAGGCUAGAUUGAGUACCGCUGUACAGGUCCGUUGUCCAUCCUACAUGUUUCUCUAGAUAUGAUGGAGUACCGCUGUACAAGUCCGUUGUCCCGCAUACAGGUUUCUCUAGGCAAGAUAAAGUACCGCUGUACAGGUCCGUUGCCGACCUACAGGUUUCUCUAGGCAGGAUGGAGUACCGCUGUACAGGUCCGUUGUCCGGCCUACAGGUUUCUCUAGGCAAGAUGGAGUACCGCUGUACAUGUCCGUUGUCCGACUUACAGUUUUCUACAGGUAAGAUGGAGUACCGCUGUACAGGUCCGUUGCCGGCCUACAGGUUCCUCUAGGCAAGAUAGAGUACCGCUGUACAGGUCCGUUGCCGGCCUACAGGUUUCUCUAGGCAAGAUGGAGUACCGCUGUACAGGUCCGUUGUCCGGCCUACAGGUUUCUCUAGGCAAUAUGGAGUACCGCUGUACAUGUCCGUUGUCCGACUUACAGGUUUCUACAGGUAAGAUGGAGUACCGCUACACAGGUCCGUCGUCCGGCCUACAUGUUUCUCUAGGCAAGAUGGAGUACCGCUGUACAGGUCCCUUGUCCGGCUUACAGGUUUCUAAAGGUAACAUGAAGUACCGCAGCAAAGGCCCGUCCUUGGCAUACGGGUUUCUCUAGGUAAGAUGUAGUACCGCUGUACAGGUCCGUUGCCGACCUACAGGUUUCUCUAGGCAGGAUGGAGUACCGCUGUACAGGUCCGUUGUCCGGCCUACAGGUUUCUCUAGGCAAGAUGGAGUACCGCUGUACAUGUCCGUUGUCCGACUUACAGGUUUCUCUAGGCAAGAUGGAGUACCGCUGUACAUGUCCGUUGUCCGGCCUACAGGUUUCUCUAGGCAAGAUGGAGUACCGCUGCACAUGUCCGUUGUCCGACUUACAGGUUUCUACAGGAAAGAUGGAGUUCCGCUGUACAGGUCCGUCGUCCGGCCUACAUGUUUCUCUAGGCAAGAUGAAGCACCGCUGUAAAGGUCCGUCGUCCGGCCUACAGGUUUAUCUAGGUAAGAUGGAGUACUGCUGUACAGGUCCGUUGUCCGGCCUACAGGUUUAUCUAGGCAUGAUGAUGUACCGCUGUCCAGGUUCGUUGUCCGGCCUACAGGUUUCUCUAGGUAAGGUGGAGUACCGCUCUUUUGAUACGUCGUCCGGGCUACAGGUUCUCGAGGUAAUAUAGAGUACCCCUGUACAGGUCCGUCGUCCAGCUUACAUAUUUAUUCUAGGUAAGAUGGAGUACCGCUGUAUAUGUCUUUCGUCCGGUUUAUAGGUGUGUAUAGGUAAGAUGAAAUACCAUCGAACAGGUCUGUCGGCCGGCCUUCAGGUUUACCUAGGUAAGAUGAUGUACCGCAGUAUAGGUCCGUCGUCCGUUUUACAGGUUUGUCUAGGUAAGAUGAUAUACCAUUGUACAUGUCCGUCGUUUGGCCUAAAGGUUCCUCUAGGUAAAAUGGAGUACCGCUGUACCGGUAGCUGAUAUGUUUUUCUGGGUAUUAUGGAGUACCACCGUACAGGUCCGUCGUCCGGCAUACAGGUUGUCGAGAUAUGAUGGAGUACCGCUGUAUGGGUCCGUCGUCCGGCCUACAGGAUUUUGAGGUGUGAUGGAGUACCGCUGUAUAGGUCCGUCGUCCGGCCUACAGGAUUUCGAGGUGUGAUUGAGUACCGCUGUAUAGGUCCGUCGUCCGGCCUACAUGAUUUCGAGGUGUGAUUGAGUACCGCUGUAUAGGUCCGUCGUCCGGCCUACAGGAAUUCGAGGUGUUAUGGAGUACCGCUGUAUAGGUCCGUCGUCCGGCCUACAGGAUUUCGAGGUGUGAUGGAGUACCGCUGUAUAGGUCUGUCGUCCGGCCUACAAACGUCUCUAAAUAAGAUGGAGUGCCGCAGUCCAGCUUACAGGUGUCUCUAGGCCUGUCCUGUUAGGGGCAUAUUCAUAUGUUGAGGGAGUUCUGCAGCCAUAACCCUCAGUGUAUUUAUAGGCCCGUCCUGUUAGGGGCAUAUUCAUAUGUUGAGGGAGUUCUGCUGCCAUAACCCUCAGUGUAUUUAUAGGCCUGUCCUGUUAGGGGCAUAUUCAUAUGUUGAGGGAGUUCUGCAGCCAUACCCCUCAGUGUAUUUAUAGGCCCGUCCUGUUCGGGGCGUCCAUAGGCCCGUCCUUUUAGAGGCUUCUUGGGAUGCUUACUAUGGAUUUUUAUUUAAAAAUAGGCCUUAACAUUGUUCGUGAUACGUGUACGUGUGUUGAGAUUAAACCUAUCGAUUAGUAUAUCAUUUAAUCAAACUUUACUUUUCAAAUUCUGUCUAUUUGUCCAACUAUCUCUUUCAGGGUUAAGGGCCUUGAAGUUUUGGAAGAAACAAGUUUCAGUUUUAAAUUCAAUAGUUUUACAGCGAUAUCCGUUUUCAUUGCAGCUACGUGUGUUUUCCUAAUAAGAGCCAAUCAGCGACGAAGUCAAGUUGCCGGAAGCUCGAAAAAUGUCAACAACCGCUAUGAGUAUAACUUUUUUAGCCAAUGGUUAUUUUGAUUGAAUAUGGAUUGUUAACGAUUGAAAGGAUGGCAGAUAGACUAAGCGAUGUGGAUCGUUUCAACAACUUCCUACAAACACUUAUGCGCUGCUGCGUAAAAGUUAUGAGGAAACUUUUGUCAAAGUUGGUUCAAACGCUUGGAUAUCCAUAUGUGGACAGAUUUCUUUCAAAGGAAAAAACACACAUACAAAGGAUGUCAUAUGCUUCUUCGCCAAAUAUCCAGGCGAUUUUAUUUCCUGAUACACCAACUGAUAUUGAGCAGUGGGAUUUUUCGCUGCUUAAUUGCAUUCUUAACCUUAUCCAAAGGAAGAUAAUUAUCCAGGAAUUCGGAAAUCCUAUUGAUCCAGUGCUUGAGAAGAACAAAGCUCAAGUUACUUCAACACCAAAAGGUAGAGCAUAUGAAACAACGCUGUACCCAACGCUUGGAAGACCAACGGAUACAAACAAAUGGUCCAUGCCAGUUUGCUCUUGUCUUCUAUCAGUGUUGUCGCCAAAGCCUCAGACAUUACUUGUUACAAUAAUGGAAUCGUUAGAUGACAUACGGGAACUUAGAAACCGCCUUUGCCAUCCUAAAAACCCUGCAAUGACCUCAUCAGAUUACGAAAGGCAAAUGCCUGUUUUGAGAACCUUUAUUGACGAAGCACUUGCAUACCUUGGAGAUGAUGCUGUUGAAUCUGAAGUAAAGACGGAAAUGUGUGACAUUGAAAAUGGCAAAAUGAAAACCUUUCUUUUGAUUGAUCAAAGUCAUCUUCAACAAUCAUACGACAAUGACAGGGACAUCAUUCAACGAUUAGACAAUAUAGAAAAAGCUGUAAAAGAUAUGCCGAGUCAAGGUGAACUGAAUUUGUUGGUGUUCUUUGGAAGGUUAGCUAAAGAACAAAAAGAACUUCUCUAUGCGAGUUAUAUUGAAACAUUUAAUGAAUGUUUGAAAAGCAGUUUACCUGAAGCAGAAGAAAAUGAGGAAUUAACGCAGCGUAUCACUCUUGCUUGUUGUAGGGCUUGGAAAAUCCUCGACAAUCCAUACGAAGGACGGCGUGUGCUUGGUGUCCGGCGGAAGUGCAUAGAAGUACAAAUUGGCUUUGACAAUGUCGUAUGCAUGUGGAGUUUCAUCAAAGACUUUUUGAAUGGAAGACUGGAAUCGGCAUUUGAGCCAAUGCAAACAUUGCUUAGGAGGCAAGAAGGAUUUGAAAAAUUGGAAUUAACCGUCAACGUUCCGGACAUCUUUUCAGUGUUAAUGCAAAUAGGUGAAGCAGUCGAGAUGGACAUUGGCUCGGUAAUGUAUAUGCUGGAAUUGUUUUCAGACGUUUCCAAUCGGAGGACACAAACUUCACAAGAAGAAGUCCAAAAUGUCAGUACUCAGACUGGGCCAAUCAAGCCUGAUGGACCAGAAGAGACUGUAGUUGAAGAAACAGACCGAUUAGUUGUUGCUAAAUCUAAAACGUUCUCGGAGGGAUUUUCUUUUGACGAAUUUGGAAAACGGGUUAUGACUUCUACAUCUCAAGAAUAUGAAAAGGCCGUUGAGAAAAUAACUAUUGACGGACCUGUACAACAGGUUAAGCCUUUGCAGAUGGAAGGAUCUAAACAGCCGGUAGAGGAAUGCAUGAUAGACGAAUCGAGUGGACAUAGUUUGACAGCGAGUGAAUAUGAAAAGUCCAUGGCUUAUUUUUCGACUGAUAUGUCUGAAAUAAACAAGGAAUUAGUCAGUCGCUUUUGUGAGCCUUGUUUACAAGAUAAAAUUAAAAAUCAAUGCGUUGUCAAAUGCAAAGAAUGCGACGAAUUCCUUUGCUCUGAUUGUGCCCGGGUACAUGGGAACAUGAAGAUGACCAAAAAUCACAUUUUAAUAGCGAAACAAAGUGAUGAUCUCGGCAGCCUGUCCUUCAUCCCAGCCCCAACCCAAGACUUGACCAGACUGACGUUUACCCAAGCCCCAGCCAUCUCAGUAAAGUCUCCCUCUGACCCGAAGGACUGCAUCCUUACCAGUAUGCUUCUUCUGCCUGAGAACAGACUGCUACUAACUGAUUUGGGUAACCAUAAAGUAAAGCUGCUUGACCUGCAGACCAACAUCCUGGUGUCGCAGGUCAGUGUAAUGCCAGGUGCACCAUUAGACAUGUGUCUCCUUCCUGUGGAUAGGGUGGCUGUUAGUUUAGACGAUGGUAGUAUUAGGUUCCUGAAGACACGGGAACUACUCUCCCUUGGUGAUAGUAUCAAGGUAGACAUUGACUGUCGAGGUAUUGGUUACUAUAAUGACCGGCUAAUAGCUUCCUUUUCGAGCGGAAAGGUAAAGAUGAUGGACAUGGCAGGGGAAGUGAUAACAAUGAUUUACAGGGAUGAUAGUGGGAAACCAGUAUUUUCAAAUCCUCGCUACCUCAUAGUAGUGCUCCAUGAAUACCAAAAAGCAGCCAUCUAUGUUUCGGAUUGUGGCAAACACAACAUCACUAAGCUGGACAUGGACCUGAACAUCCUCCAGAUAUUCCACGAUCCAGCACUCAGAGGACCACAAUGCAUCACUGCAGUGGGAAACCAGCUGCUUAUCUGUGGAAGGAAUAGUGACAAUAUAAUAAGCUUAGAAUUGUCCAGUGAUCAGAUGACGCAACUACUUGGACAGAAGGAAGAUAUACACAGGCCAAUAAGUGUUUGCUACAGUCAGCAACAGAAAAGGCUCUACGUUUCUGAUGCAUAUGGGUUGAGUGAGUUGAAUCGUCCAAUUCAAGUAUUCAGUGGCAAUGAACAAAUAACAGAUUCUCAUGCGUCAUGACUUACCAAGUCAUAUAUCUCACUGCUUUGAAGGUAAAGGGGAUACCGUCUGAGCUACAUCAGAAUAGAGUCCAUGUGAUACCUGUCAAUAUUUCAAAACUACAGAUGCUGUUAUUCAAUUAAAGCAUAAAAACAUAAGGUGUACAGUAUUUUACAGAUAUUUAGUUCCAUGCAAGAUAUGAGACUCAUUUUAAGAGUUAUAACAAUGUUGAUGCAAGUGGUUAAGAAGACUGAAAAUAUACACAUUUAACGAAAUAAAUAACGUGUGACUAAAUUAAUAAAUUUGUUAGGAGUAUAUUUUCUAUUGUCCUUCUUUACUUUAAUAUUAAUUUAGUUAUUCAUUGAGUUACUAAUAAAAUCAGGAUUGAUGUAGAUUUUCGUCUUGUCUAAAGUAUGUGUAACGUAAUGAUCUUAUUAAGGUUUUUCAUGAUAUAAUUAGCUUUUAAUUAAAUGGAUAUUUGUCUUUAUAUUGAAUAUUUAGUAAUUAUCGUAGGUCAUAUUAGAUUGUUAAUGAAUGCGUAAGUGGUUGACAGCCGACUUGGUACAAAUGCACAGAAAUGCAUAAAUUGUCAUGUUAAAUACAAAAACGUGUGUCAAUUUUGCCUCAUAUUCUUGGUAUUUAAGUUGGAUCAUUUUCUAUGUAGAAGGGUAGAGGCCGGUUGAACUCCGGAUUGAGUCCGGCUUGGACUUUAGUUAGGUUUUGGUAAUGAGAUAAAGAACGUUAUAUUGUACCUAGAACUUUAUUAUUAUAUUAAGAAAGAACAUUUUAAAUUAAGAACGAAUAGAGGAACAAUUGUUGGUUAAUGACUUAGAGUUCUAGAAAGUUCUGGAGAGUUCUGUGGCUGUUACGCUACACAUGUUACAUAUGGAGGGCUAUAAUGCUUUCAAAUUUAACAUAAAGGUGACCAUAGUAUGUCUUUCCCAGUGCUGAUUGCUUUAAUUAAAAAGGACCACAUAGAGAUCACUGAAGUAACAUGUACUUAUGAUACUAAUCUUAAUCCUUCAUCAUCAGCGUAUCAAUGUGAAGCAACAUUUGCAUAAUUGAUUUAAUUCUUGCACACGAAAAAUUGGACAAAAAAUAAAAUAAAAAAACGUUUUCUGGCUGGGUCCGGUACUCACAUGAUUGAAGUAGGCGGAGUUCUUAAUCGAAAUCAUUGAGCAUUGAAAACAUCUCUCAAAUUAAUGAGUUUCAAAUUUAUAUUGACAAAUAAUUCAGAGCGCUAUAUAAGACAGAUACGGGUAAUUAUCGACCGUUAUCAGACCAGAUGCUUGAUUGGUGUCAAUAUCGGGUUAUGAACGCAGUAUGGCUGUUGAAAGUGGGUUGAGUCCGAAGGACUCCACGCGUACUUUAACUAGCUCAACUGUGUUCAUAUCCCGGAUAAUGACAUCAAUCAUGCAAUUCAUUAAUUAUAUUUAAAUCUAUAGUUUAUUAUUUAUUUCAAGAAUUUUUCAAUACGUAAUUUCAUUCAAGAAAACCUUACAUAAUUAUUUCUCAUUCUGUAAAUACAUCGAGUCGACCGUAACCGGAAACAGUUUCGAUCAUAUGACGUCAAAAUGACGUAGACUUUUUUAAUUACUUCAUAGUUAUUACGAUAAAUCACUUAUUUAUGUAAAAUUUAAUCAUUUAAGACAACAAUACAUUGAACAAUCAUAAAUAAAAACGUUUCAAUAUGUGGAUUAAAGUUGUUCGUGGACUGCAGAAACUAUAGAAUAAAAAGAGAAACAACAUUCAUUUUAUAUCAAUACGCAAUGAUUCGCGAUCCGAACAUAACUCGCAAUUGGCGAAAGGCCGUUAUUUGAGGAUAAGAAGUUGAGGUGAAAAUAUUUAACUUCAUCCUUAUAUUUCAGCCUAACUUUUACAUGUAUAUAUAUAUAUAUGUGAGUAUGCCUUUAUCGAGACCCGUUUGAUCGAAGAUUUCAUAAAAACUAUUUCUAUAAAUACACAAAUACAUGGAACAACUUCAGAAUAAACUUCCUUUAUUAAUAUUGAACACUCAUAAUUAUUCAUUUCCUUACACUGUUACAUUUCAAAGUAAUGUUUGAGUAUCUCUUAGUAUCAAGCUCUAAGUAGUUCUUGUAUACAACUGUCUUUACUAAAGUUUCUCAUUAAGCUAUGUUAUUGUCCAUUAAGCAUCUACUAGAGUAGUUUGUGACGAAGUAAGUACUUCAUAUAUGCUUCUACAAGAAAUCUUUAUCAAGAUUAACCUUAAGCGUUGUAUGAGAAGGUAAAUCCAUUGUUCAAUUGAAGCGGAUGUAAAAUCCUUGCAAGUUAAGUAACUUUGCGCUGCUGUUUUAUCCUACAAAAAUCAUUUUGUUUACAUAAUACAUAAAACAGGUUAAAGUAUGAAAAUGUGUUUACUUCAUAUUUCGGCAAAUUAUGAAAUCAAAUGUUGAUUUAUAUAAACAGCAUAGUUUCCUUAUUCAGUAUAGUCACGACACGGGGAUUAUUUCUAUACUAAAGUUUAACUGGUUUAGUUUACCACCUACCACACCAUAGCUAUG